AUGGCUGCUCACAACGACGUCGAGGCCUUCCACCAGGCGCUCCGGUCCAGCCGCCGGAUACUCGCCCUCUGUGGGGCCGGCCUCUCGGCCUCGUCCGGCCUGCCCACCUUCCGCGGCGCCGGCGGAUAUUGGCGCAACUACGAUGCCACGAGCCUGGCCACCGUGCGGGCCUUCAGGACGGACCCGGGCAUGGUCUGGCUGUUCUACGCCUACCGCAGGCACCUGGCGCUCAAGGCCGAGCCGAACCCGGGGCACCGAGCCCUGGCGGCGCUGGCGAGGCGGAACCUGGACUUUAUGUGCCUGACUCAGAACGUCGACAACCUCUCACCACGGGCUCAACACCCCUCUUCACAGCUAAAAUGCCUCCAUGGCUCCCUCUAUGACAUCAAGUGCUCCAACGAGAGCUGUGACUGGAUCCAAAGGGGAAACUUUGACGAUCCCUUUUGCGCUGCGCUGGCCCCGGCUUCCGUGGACAUGCCCAACGGCGAGCCCUUGCCACUGCUGGAUCCGUAUCACCGUGUCAAGCACAUCACCGAGGACGAGCUGCCAAAGUGCCCCAAGUGCCACAGGGGCCUGCAACGUCCAGGCGUGGUAUGGUUUGGGGAGGAUCUGGACUCUGCCAUGAUGAUGGACAUAUCAGCGUGGAUGAACGCUGAGCCACUGGACCUCAUGUUCGUAAUCGGCACAUCGGCCCAGGUUUAUCCCGCUGCCGGCUACAUCGACAAGGCAAGAAAGCGAGGCGCGCGUAUCGUCACAAUCAACCCAGAGGCAGAAGACGAAGCCGAAAUGUUCAAGGUCAAUCCCGGCGACUUUGCCUUUGGCAAGGACGCCGCCGAGUAUCUACCGCUUCUACUCGAGCCCAUCAUUGGCAAACCGAAUGCGGAUGGCGAAUUUGAAAUGUCAUAG